GUCACGGUCUUCCAUUCGUUAACUCGUUUUCCUCGUUCCCAAUCAUCUUGCCGCGCGCCGCACGUAGCUAGGGUUUCGUCCUGUCGUUGCACCCGCAUUACUAGCAUUCAAUCCACACCAAUGGCUGAGAAGAAGAUGGUUACGCUCAGGAGCUCCGACCACGAGGAGUUCGAGGUUGAGGAGGCGGUGGCGAUGAAGUCAGAGAUCAUCCGUCUCUUGAUCGAGGACGACUGCGCCGACAACGCCAUCCCGCUUCCCAACGUGGAUUCCAAGACUCUCGCCCUGGUCAUCGAGUACUGCAACAAGCACGUCCACGUCGCCGCCGACGACUCCGCCGCCGCGGAGACCAGCAACGCUUCAUCAGCUGGGGGCGGCGGCGAGGUCGACCUCAAGAAGUGGGACGCGGAGUUCGUCAAGGUCGAGCAGGCGACGCUCUUCGACCUCAUCCUGGCUGCCAACUAUCUCGACAUCAAGGGGUUGCUGGACCUGACCUGCCAGACGGUGGCCGACAUGAUGAAGGGCAAGUCACCGGAGGAGAUCCGCAGGACAUUCAACAUCAAGAACGACUUCACCGAAGAGGAGGAGGAGGAGAUCCGCAGGGAGAACUCCUGGGCCUUCGACUGAUGUAGUCUCCCCGUCCGCGGACCUCGGUGGUUAUUACUGUUAGAUUCGAUCUCUUGUGCUAGUUUGUUCUGGUUAUUACUGUUAGAUUCGAUCUCUAGGCUAGUUUGUUCGUCUGCACUUAUCUUCGGGUCUGAAACAUUGAAACAUUAAUAAGUAGUUCGUUUGUCUACAAUUACCAGUUGAUAUAUUGAGGAGUUCGUUUGCGAUCUGCAGUU